UAUGUCUGAUUCAGAAACGGUAGUAAGGAAAAGUCUACCAAUGCCUUCUACUAGUAAAGCAGAUGUGACAGACAACGUGUUGAUGAAGUUGCGAAACAGACCUGAGGUUAUUAAUGCUGGAUGGUCUUUUCGAUUUGUUCCAACUCAAAAAAGGAAGAGAGAGCACACACAGGAAACAAGCAGUGAAUCCAGCAGCUCGCAAGAUGAAUCAGGUUCAGAAACAAGUACUGACGCAGAUGAAAAAGAGCCUGACCCAAGUCGUAUAGGAAAUAUAUCAUGGUGUGAAUGCGGAACAUGUGCCUCAAUGCCAACAGAGAUAGAAAGCCUAUGCUGUUUUGAGGAGCCCAGGAUACACAAUAAAAUUCCUGAUACUGCCUUCUGCAUUACAGACCAUGAUGAUUUAAAUGGGAAGUGCCUUGAUCCUGUGAAUGUAGCUGAUUACUAUCACCUGAUAAAUGUAAAAAAAAGAAAGAAUCCAAAACAUUCUGUGUAUCAGAGGUACGUAUAUGUUUGUAUAAUAAUUGUAAUACAGGUAUGGGAUCCCUUAUCCAAAAAUCAGUUAUCAAUAAACUUCCGUGCGGUCACUGUGGACACUGUGCGGUCACGUGAUCGCCUUCAUGCUGAGUGCCCGAGCGCAUACUGCGCAUGCUUCAUCUCAGAAACUGUCCAGGACAGCGAUGCUUGGGAGGAGGCUGGGAGAGCAGUGCCAUACAAGGAAGCGGAGGUACAUGGUUGAUUUUAAAGUUGAUGUUUCCUUACAGGGGACUGAAAUUAGUACAUGGCAGUGUUAGUAUGCACAGGCUAUAAGCUAAGUUUUGCUAAGUGGUGCAAUGGUAAUCGACUUUACUUGCUCUUUAAGGGGUUAAAUCCAUUUGCGAUCUUAUGCAGUGCAAUAGUCUAUAUGCCCCCCUUUUUAAGUCUGUUAAAUUGUCUCCUUUUAUAAAGGAUGAGUUGAGUGCUGUCAAAUACAGAGGGAGGCUGUGUAUUUACCUUAGACCACUAGUACCUUUAUUAAAAGUAAUUAUAACUGUAAAGGCUGCAAGGCUGCUUGUAAUGGUACUUUAUUUAAUGGCACACAGUAGUGCUGUGGAAUUUGAACCUUGGAAAGAUUACUUUUUAAACUGCCCUUGGUAGUCCAGGAGAUGGCUGGAGAGAAGUGCAAUAACAUCCAUAAACCACUUUCAUCCAGAGACCUUUGUCACAUUUCUGCUCAUGGCACUUCAGCUGUAGAAGGAAGCAGUGGAUGCAUAGAUCCACACAACCAAGACCUAUAUUGCAGCUUUAGUUAUGUGUAGCUUUUGCAAGCACAACGGAGAGACCUGGCUUCUAUAUACCCACAAUUUGAGAAAUCAGAAAGGUAUAACGGUGUGCUCCGUAUUACAAAAGUGCAUUUGCCUUCUGUGUGGUGCAACAGGGGACUCUUCCCACACUUUUAGGCACUGCCCCGGUGUUAAGAUAAACACAGCCUCUACAUGAAGAGAGGGCAUAACUGUGCAGGUCUCAAACUGAAGUGUAACCCUCCAUCCAGUUUAUUUUUUGUUUUUUUGUUUUUUUACACAAAACAUAUUAUGAUGCUUUCUACUAUGUUAAAUAUUUAUGCUGGUACAAGGAGGGUAAUAUGUUGUUUUUUGUAUGAUUUUAAAGGGGGGUGUCAAGGGAACCCUGCCUUUCUGCUUGAUAUCUGCAAUCUCAUAAAAAAAAUUUGCCGGGCAAAUCCAAGUGAUGUAUGCUUAUUUUCUAGACCCAUGAGAGAAGGAUGUUUAGACAACAGUUGAUUGUUUCUACUCAUUUAGGAAAAUUGUGCAAUGUCACCUACCCUUUUUAUGUGAGAAAUCAAGAGAUAAUUGUCCAGCCAGUGUUCAGUUAAUAAAAAUGUAUAUUUCUAGUGUUCCUAAUUAUUUUCUCCAGAUGUAUCCGCUCAAAAGAAGACUCUUUUUUCUUGUUUGACUAUAAAGACAGACAUUGUUUUCUAUAUUUUGUAUGAAUAUAUGAUAUUUACCAUCUGUUCAAAAAUACUUUCAAUAUUUAUUGUAAUUUAUUUUAUAAUUGGUUUAUUCCCCUAAAGAGCAGGAAUAAAAUACAGUGGAUUUGAACUGUAUAUUUUUGGGGGCAUUUUGAAACUGUAAAUAUAUUUUUAAUAAAUGCCUCUGUAUUCAUCUCUUGCUAGUGUGUAUGUUUGUUUCUAGACCAGAAAAGAGGCAUUUAA